GUUGAAGUCUCUGCGGAGUUUCAUCGGCUCCGUUUGCCUGCUUGGACAAAAGGCUGCUGGCGCUCGGCUGGGAAACCCGUCGUAUGGUAAAAGGCGGCGGCGACCCCAUCUACGUCUCCCUUCUGCCUUCGUCCUUCUAAGUACAACGCCCCAUCUGCACCCCCCAUGACCGGAUCGUCCGCUUGGCAGAGACCGCAAUCGCCUGCUCCUGGUAGGUAUCCUCAAGGUUAUGGCCAGGCUUACCCGCCUACAGCUCCUCCUGUGGCCUAUGGUGGUGGCGGCUACUUCCCUCCGGGGACUCCGCCGGAUAUAGUGAGUUGCUUCCAGAGGGUCGACAGGGACUUCAGCGGCUUCAUCGACGAGAGGGAGCUACAGGCGGCCCUCUGCUCAGGCUACCACCCGUUCAGCAUGCGGACCGUCCGCCUCCUCAUGUUCCUGUUCAACUCGACCGGCGAUUCCUCAAAGAUUGGGCCGAAUGAGUUUGUGGCGCUUUGGACCUGCCUAGGACAAUGGCGUGCUAUCUUUGAAAGAUUUGAUAGAGACAGGAGUGGGAAGAUUGAUGCAGGAGAAUUUCGAGAUGCUUUACUGAGUCUUGGCUAUGCGGUUCCACCCACAGUUCUUCAAGUUUUAUUGUCCAAGUAUCAAAACAAUGACCAGUAUGGAGUACAGGGGGUGCUUAACUUCGACAGUUUUGUUGAGUGUGGAUUGAUCAUCAAGGUAAGAAACAGUAACCACCUCCACUGUGGUUUUCAAAAUAUUGGACCAUCUCUCAUAAUUGAGGGUUCUCCCUUGAAGUUUACUGUUAUUGUUAUACCGGUUUACCUCUCUUAUUCAAACUAUUUGUUCAGAACGGUAUUCAUACUCUUGCUGGGCUCGUGUUCACUUAAUAUUAUGACUGUUCUAGUUUUAACCAAAGUAUAAGACAUUUUUAUUUUGCUUUGCCAACCAUCCAAUCAUUUCCUGUUACGGAAAAGAUGCCCCAUCCACAUUGGCCAUAGUCUCCAUCUGAUGCAGGAGCCUUUUCAUCAGAAUGGGAUUUGACACACAUAUCUCUGUUGGGAGUUGGGUUUCUCCCUUUUUCCCUUGUUUUUCAUCGAUUAUGGUGUUUAAGUCUUGCCUUGAAAAUAGUCAGGUGCGACCAACUCCCAGGCAUAUUAUAUUUAUCCAGUUUGUAAUUACGUGGUUUUUGGUUCUGCUCAACUGAAAUUUCGAGUCAACUUUCUGACUUUGGACCUCGUUCUAUGGACCAAAUCUUGGCUUGUGGAGAGCACGCCAUGCCACCAACAGGCUUGAUAACCUAGUUUUGCAGAAGACCCGAGAAAAGAUCAAAAAAAAAAAAAAAAGAGGAGGAAACCUUUAGCUGAAAAUGAUCCUCAAACUGUGAAUUCUGGACCUUAGGAGAACGGAAUGGUUUUAUAGCAAAUGAGGUGUUCUUUGAUUCUCUGAUUGAAUGUGUGGAUACCAUGCUUCUGAAAACUAGCAGAAUUUAUUAGUAUGUUUUUAGAUGGUGGAUACUUUGUAUGGUCAUCUCAAUCUAUUUUCAGGAUUUCACCAUUUUGUUCUUCCUUUUUAUACAGGGUUUGACAGACAAAUUCAAAGAGAAAGAUCCACGCUAUACAGGCUCAGCUACCAUUUCGUAUGAUUCCUUCAUGUUAAUGAUCAUUCCAUUCAUUGCGUGCUAAAAUGGUUAAUAUGAGACCCUCCCUCUUUUUGUUUUUUUUUUUUCUCAUUUGUAUUGUUUAUGCCAAUUUCUUUAUUUGUUCAUCUGUUGACACUUCUGUGCGAUGUACAUCUGUACAAUUUUAUCUGUAAAAUUAUCAGGACGUUGCCCUCAACAUUAUAGAUUAAUCUAUGGUGAUUGUUCUCUGUA